AUGCCACUACACCACACAGGCCAACUAAGCGUGGGGAUGUUCUGUGUAGUUUCCCUCCUCUGUAGCGCCACAUGCCUGAGGAGAACCGCGGAGAGUGACGCAGUGUCUUCCCGGACAGAACAGGCCAGGCACAGCGGAUCUGACGGCCGGCUUCCGGGGACGGACGGCUGGGGGGUCGGUCUUACCUCCGGUCAGCGAGACGAGAAUAGUCGGCGGUCAGUUACAAGUGAACACCGCUUAACACAACUUGAUGAACAUCCGUCAGUUAAAAGUGAACACCGCCCAACACAACUUGACCAUCUGUCCAGAUUUCGUUCACGAGAUGGGUUGGGGAGGGUCAAACGACAAAGUCCUGAGAACGGCAACUUGGAUGAAAACUGUGAUAACCCUGCGGACAAUAGUACGCACUUCCAAUUCGAAAAAACCUUUCGAGCGCACUGCAAGUGUAACUUCUUCGCUAAAGUUUAUGAGAUCACCAGUGUCCCCGGAGACGUCAAAAUCCCUGAGGACAUCAAAUGUGGCUCAGAGGCCGGAUUACAGUUCAGAGAAGAAAAUGGAGUUUUUCACUUCCGGUCGCCGUGCUGUUCAAACUUUUGCGAGAGCAUCUUUCACAUUAAGGCGCCCCGGGGCCGGGGAUCGGGGUAUAUUCUAGAAUUUCUGGAGCUUAACGUUCCUUCUCCUCUCAUAAUAAACUCAGACGGAUCUUAUACGUGUAAAGACAGUCGAGUGCUAUUUCGUAAUCCUGAUUAUGAAAUCUGUGGCACAGUGGUCCCAAAGCCAUUUAAAGUCUGGUCGGAUUCUGCAUUUUUCGUCGUGCAAACAGACAGCAACAGGUUAUGUCGUGAUGCCAUUUCCUUUACCCUAGAAUACCGGAAGUGGGACGUGAUGGACCAGAUGGCCAACAUAUGUCAGCUACAGUUACAGCAUACCGUGGUCAGCGAGGGUCAGUCCGGAUUCAUCAUGUCUCCCGGAUACGGAGAAGUGCACAGUUAUAGCGAGUUUGAUUUUGACUUGUGUGGGUGGGAUAUGGAAGUAUCGAAUAACAGCAUCCUUCAGAUAUCAUUCGUGUCUCAUGGGGCUGGCUACAUUGAUUAUAAUUCGAGUUACAUUACGGUCUCCACAAAAGGACAGCCUCACUUGGACCACCAUCAUGCUGUAGACGUGAGGUUCAAUCAAGAAGACUACAGUGUAAUAGAUGGUUAUCGCCUUACCCUGCCCAGUCAUCGGGCCAGGGUGUCCUUCUCAUCAUAUGUGGCAAGCAAGAGGUUCAAAAUGUGGUACAAGGCUGUCAAUAGAGAUUCAUUCAUUCCAAUAAUUGACAAAUUUGUACUCAACUGUUCGGGCUAUGAACCCUCUCUCCCUGCACACAUUCGUUGUGAUUUACAUAAUGACUGCGUGGGAGGUGAAGACGAGGUGAACUGCACGUACAAAGAUGGAGCCUGGUGUCCUGGUGGUUUUGUCUUGGGGUCAAGUUGUUAUCACCUCCACGACCCACAGCCUGACGGCACUUGGCAGAUGGCGGAGGACUUGUGCGAGCAGCAGUAUAACGGUCAUUUGGUCACUCCAAAUUCAGAAGAAGAGCUGACUUUUCUUUCUCGUCUGAUGAUUCAAAUGUAUGACGUUAAGACGACGUGGUAUCUAGGUUUCCGGCGUAGGGGCGCUGGUUCUGAACUUUUGUAUCGGAAAGUGUACCAAGGCCUGGAUGGGACUACCGUGUUUGGGGGAUUCAAGAAACAGUUUGUCUUUGAUGUUGCUGCUGCGUGCGCUGUGUGGGACAUCACAGCAUUAGGUUAUCAGAAAGAAGUGACAAACAUACCCUGCCACCAGGUCUGGACAAAGUUCCAGUUCCAUCAGGACUAUUUGUUUUACUAUUUAAUCCAACCAAACGUUUCUAUAGCCUGCGAGUCUAAAAAACCAGCAGUCGUCCAACCCCUCGUGACUUCCUCCUCGGCUGCUGUGUGGACAGAUAAAAGGAAAACGUUUGAGUGUGUGGUCAGUAAAGAAAGAGUCUCACUGUCCAGGCGAUGUGACUGGCUCUCAGACUGCUGGGACGGAAGUGACGAAGUCGACUGCGCUGGUCUGAGUGACGCACCCUCGUAUGUCCGAUUUACCUGCACGUCUGGACGUCCGCUGUGGUACUCCCACGUCUGUGAUGGCGUCAGCGACUGUGUGGACGGUUCUGACGAGGAGUUCUGUGCCCCGGCCCCUGACGACAACCCAGCCCUGGCGGUGUGUGCCGAUGGAGUCCCGGUGCCUGCCUCUGCCUGGUGUGAUGCCCAACCCGACUGUCUGGACGCUUCUGACGAGCUGGACUGCUCCAGGUGUAACGGCGGGGCCCUCCUGUGUCCGUCUGUGGGCUGCCUGCCACCCCACUGGGCGCACGACGACGCCCUGGAUUGCCAACUCACAGAUAAGAGUGGUCAGUGGAUCCUGGAACCUGACUUUGUCCCCCACACAGUUGACGCUCAGCCACCACCAGGCGUUGUCCGGCCAGACGGCUACGGCAAAGUGACCAUCGAGCCGUUAGACGAGGGCGAGCCGUGUCCGCCAACACACGUCCAGUGCCCCAAAGGCUACUGUAUACCCAUGUACAUGCUCUGUAACGGCCACACAGAUUGCCCGGAGGGAGAGGACGAGCUGGCAGAGACAUGCCAGUCCUUCUGUAAGGGUCGCUACAAGUGUCACCAGACGUCUGUGUGUCUCCACGAUGACCACGUCUGUGACGGCUGGUUCCACUGUCCGCUACACGACGACGAGACGUUCUGUUGGACAAACGACACAUGUCCGCCCGGCUGUGUGUGCUCGGGAGAAGAAAUCACCUGCCGCUCUGGAUUCGUCGUCGGUGAACUUUUACGUGUGAGGCGACUGGAUAUUUCUCACACUGCUCAACCAAACGACUCACUGACUGUACAAAACCACUACAUAAUCGCCCUGUUUGCCCACAACUCAAAUAUACGACAACUUGGUCUAUUGAGCAUGGUAAACCUAUAUCAUUUGAAUUUAAGCGACAAUGCUUUAAGAAAUUUAGCACCGGACGCCUUUGAAAGGACCCCAGGAAUUCGUCACUUUUCUCUUGCCAGGAAUAAAUUAACCGAGAUGGACCUGCAGCCUAUAACAUCUCUGAAAAACCUUGAAAUCCUCGAUGUUUCAGGGAACUCCCAAGUACGUAUCAGAUCAUUUUCCUUCACCGGCCUAGCCAGACUGAGAAGCUUACAGCUGGACGACAUGGGCCUCACGGUGGUGGAGACUGGCGCCUUUGAUGGACUGCUAGAACUGAGGACGCUCACCAUGAGAGGGAACUCUAUCUCCGUGUUCCAGCAAGGUAUGUUGUUGGCUCUGUCCCAGCUUACCUCACUGAGCGGUGACAACUACAAACUGUGUUGUCCGAUCAUGAAGCCAAAGUCCUUGUCCACAGGAACCUGCCAAGCUCCAAAAGAUGAAAUUUCUUCCUGUGAGGACAUCCUCCGGACGCCCUUUUUCCGGGUUUUUCUGUGGCUCAUGGCGUCGCUGACAAUCUUGGGCAACAGCUGUGUCCUGGUUUACCGGCUGUGUGUAGAGCGCAAACCUUCCACACUGAGCUACAACACGUUCGCCAUCAACCUCUGCGCCUCCGAUCUCCUCAUGGGGAUUUACUUGGCUAUCAUUGGCGCUGCGGACCAAGUCUACAAGGGCCGCUACUUGUGGGAGGCAGACUCCUGGCAAAGCUCCAGUUACUGUUCCCUGGCCGGGUUUCUGUGCACGGUGUCCAGCGAGGUGUCCGCCCUCACCAUCUGUAUGGUCACUCUAGACCGGUACCUGGCCCUGUCCUUCCCGCUAGCCAAUGUCCACCUGACCCGGAAGAAAGCCCGAUGUCUGGUGCUGGUCACGUGGGUUGUCGGUGUCCUGUUUGCUGGAGUUCCUCUGUUACCUCCCUUGUCCCACUGGCGGUUCUACGCUCAGACCGCCGUGUGUGUUCCCCUGCCCAUCACUCGCGCCGACUUCCCGGGGAGAGACUACGCCUUCUCUGUCUUCAUCCUCGUCAACCUGGCCUUGUUUGUGGCUAUCGCUGUGGGCCAAGUCCUCAUCUACCGCUCGGUGAAGGCCAACAGUUUCCAGAUGACGGUUGCUGUGACGAGUAAGAGGUUGGUUUUGUUCUAUCCUUGUCGUUGUCGCUGUUGUUGCUGCUGCUCGAGCAUUGGUGACACAAUUCCGCUUGCCGCCAAAGCCGCCAGUUCGGGUGAAACAAACCAGGACGCAACAAUUGCCAAAAAAUUAGCCCUAGUUGUCAUCACCGAUUUCUUCUGCUGGUUUCCGAUCGGAGUCAUGGGUCUCCUGUCUAAGGUUGGAGUUCCAAUCCCUGGAGAAGUGAACGUGGUCGCGACCAUCUUCAUCCUACCUCUCAACUCCGCCCUCAACCCGUACCUCUACACUCUCCCCGCCAUAAGGAAGACACUGGAGAGGUGGGAGGCAAGAUCGCGCCGGAACAAGGCAGGUUCUGCAGGUUUCAGGCUUAGAUCCAUAAACCUGCCACACACAGACGUGUCCAGCGGAUCAACGCAGUUUGAGUCUGUCUGUAGCGAUAGCUCAAUGUCUGCUGGUGGCGCCGCUGACGUCAUCAAGGCCCAGGCCUGCCUGGACAAGCUCCGAGCCUGGCUAGAGAAGAGGCGCAUCUCCAGAGAAAAGGUGAAACAAAUCUUGUCUCACUUCCAGACGAACACGUCUGUGACACCCUAG